AAGGGUCGAGAGGGAAAUAGCUGUCUAUCUCUCUCGACCGAAGAAGUUUCGGCAGCCAUUGGAAACUGUGUCGAGCGAUGGCUGCAGCAGCACCUGGGCAGAUAAACACCGAACCGUUAAUUUCGUUGGGUUCUCGAAGCGUCGACUGCUUUAAGAAACUCGAGCACAUUGGCGAAGGCACUUAUGGUCAAGUGUUCACGGCCAGAGAAACCAGAACUGGGGAAAUUGUUGCGUUGAAAAAAAUACGCAUGGAUAAUGAAAAAGAAGGGUUCCCUAUUACAGCAAUCCGGGAAAUUAAAAUUCUGAAGAAGCUUCAUCAUGAAAAUGUUGUUAAGCUGAAGGAGAUUGUAACUUCUGCAGGUCCCGAAAGGGAUGAGCUGAGGAAUCAGGGUCGUGAAAGGGAUGAGCAAGAGAAUCAAGGUCCUGAAAGGGAUAAGCAAGAGAAUCAAGAUACUAGUAAGUCCAAGGGUGGCAUCUAUAUGGUUUUUGAGUACAUGGAUCAUGAUCUGACAGGCCUUACUGUUCGUUCUGGACAGACAUUUACUGUUCCCCAAGUAAAGUGUUAUAUGAAGCAGUUAUUGACUGGGCUCCAUUACUGUCAUGUUAAUAAAGUACUUCACCGUGACAUCAAAGGUUCUAAUCUUUUGAUAGAUAAUGAGGGGAAGUUGAAGCUAGCAGACUUUGGGCUUGCAAAGUAUUAUUGUAGUAACCACGAGGGAAAUCUUACAAAUCGUGUCAUUACUUUGUGGUAUAGGCCCCCGGAGUUGCUGCUUGGAGCCACAAAGUAUGGUCCAGCUGUUGAUAUGUGGUCUGUUGGUUGCAUCUUUGCUGAACUCCUGCAUGGAAAGCCAAUUUUACAAGGAAGAAAUGAACCUGACCAACUGAACAAGAUAUUCGAGCUUUGUGGAUCACCUGAUGAGAUCAACUGGCCAGAUGUUUCAAAACUUCCUUGGUAUAAUAAUCUCAAGCCAACAAAAACCAUGAAACGAUGUGUUGGGGAAAUUUUCGGACAUUUUGACUUUCAUGCUUUGGAUUUACUGGACCACUUAUUAACUCUUGAUCCAAAUCAGAGAUGGACUGCGAAGCAAGCGCUGAAUGCAGAUUAUUUCUGGGCUGACCCUUUACCCUGUGAUCCAAAGAGGAUGACAAUUUGUAUUUUGCUCCUCUUUUCAUUGACUUCCAAAACUCCGUUUAGGCAAUUCUUGCUCAUCACAUGUGCAUCGCUAACCAGCCUGCCUAAGUAUGAAUCGUCACAUGAAUUCCAAACAAAGAAAAGGAAGCAGCAGCAGCAGCAUCAAACUGAAGACGUAUCAAAGAGAUCAAAGUCACAGCAUUCUCAUAAGAAUGAUUGCCCGCCUCCCAUUCAACAUACCGUGCAAGCUCCUCCACAAUUGCAGGGGUCCCAUCAUCCGAUGACUGAUAACCAGCCCCCAUUAUCUGCUGGACCUAGCCACCACCACUAUGGAAAGCCGCACGGUCUUCCUGGAGGCCCAAGCAGGUAUCCUCCCAGUGGAAACCAGAGUGGGCCUUACCAUAUGAAUCGGGGAGAUCAAGCAGGAGGUUACAGUGGCAGACCAUAUCCACCCCAAGGACGUGCUCCACCAUAUGCUGGGAGUGGACCAAGUGCUCCUAGCACAGGAGGCGCCCCUGCUGGUUAUGGAAUUGGCCCUCCAAACUAUUCCCAAAACAGUCAAUAUGGAGUUCCUGCUGCUGAUAGAGGUAUGAGUACACGAAAUGAACAGUAUGGUCGGAAGUAGUGACAGUUGGAUCUAAUGCACGGAAUUAGGAGAUUAUACCAAACAACAAAGAUAGUUAUGGAAUCACAGUCGUGUUAGGGUUAAAAUGUCGCAGAAACAAAAUCUGGCUGUACAUUCUUUUGGGAGUCGUUUUUGUUCCUCCAUAUGGUCCUAACGUUUUCCAUGAAACGUUAAACAGAACUGUAGACCCUAACCCUGCGGACAUGGUUGCCGUUAUAGGACCCAACCUGAUGGUUCAAACUAGUUUGUGCAUGCAUUGCUUUUGUAUAAGUUCCCCAAGUAAUAAGAUGCUCGAUUUCCUUUGUUUUC